AUGAUGGAAGAGAUAGUAAAUGCUGGGGAAGAAAAAAAGGGAGACUGCGGGAAGAAGAAAAUGAAAGAAGCAUCUGGUGACGAAGGGCGUGCAGAGCUGAAUCCUUGGCCUGCAUUUAUCAGUGAGCGCUUAGAGAUGUACACUAAACUUAAAGCUGAGCACGAUGCACUUCUUGCAGAGCGAGCUGCUAAUGAUAGUAAACCCAUUAAAGUUACAUUACCUGAUGGUAAGCUGGUUGAUGCUGAGUCCUGGAAGACCACACCUUAUCAAAUUGCUUGUGGAAUUAGUCAAGGCUUAGCUGACAACACUGUUAUUGCUAGAGUGAAUAAGAUGGUUUGGGAUCUAGACCGUCCUUUGGAGGAGGAUUGCACCUUGGAGCUGCUCAAGUUUGAGGAUGAAGAGGCUCAAGCCGUAUACUGGCACUCAAGUGCUCACAUAAUGGGUGAAGCUAUGGAGCGAAUCUAUGGUGGAUGUUUGUGCUAUGGACCACCAAUAGAAAAUGGAUUUUAUUAUGACAUGUUCCUUGAGGAUGGAGGUGUAUCAAGUAAUGACUUCUCUGCUUUGGAAGCGCUGUGCAAAAAGAUCAUGAAGGAAAAGCAGCCAUUUGAAAGACUGGAAGUUAAGAAGGAAACGCUACUUGAAAUGUUUAAGUAUAACAAAUUCAAGUGUCGCAUCUUGAAUGAGAAGGUCAAUACUCCAACUACAACAGUAUACAGAUGUGGUCCCUUGAUAGAUUUAUGCAGAGGACCUCAUGUUAGACAUACUGGCAAGAUAAAGAGCAUAAAAAUUCAUAAGAAUUCAUCUACCUACUGGGAAGGCAAGGCUGAUAUGGAAUCCCUCCAGCGAAUCUAUGGAAUUUCAUUCCCAGAUGCAAAAAUGUUGAAGGAAUGGGAAAAAUUCCAGGAGGAGGCUAAAAACAGAGAUCACAGAAAAAUUGGACGGGAUCAAGAACUCUUUUUCUUUCAUGAGCUCAGCCCUGGUAGCUGUUUUUUCUUACCAAAAGGAGCUUAUAUAUAUAAUACCUUAAUUGAAUUCAUCCGGAGUGAGUAUCGAAAACGUGGAUUCCAAGAGGUUGUCACUCCAAAUAUUUUCAACAGUAAACUAUGGAUGACUUCAGGGCAUUGGCAGCAUUACAAUGAAAACAUGUUUUCCUUUGAAGUGGAGAAAGAAUUAUUUGCUCUGAAGCCUAUGAACUGUCCAGGACACUGCCUUAUGUUUGAUCAUCGUCCAAGAUCAUGGCGUGAGCUGCCAUUACGGUUGGCUGAUUUUGGUGUUCUGCAUCGAAAUGAACUGUCAGGAGCUCUUACAGGACUCACUAGAGUACGUCGGUUCCAGCAGGAUGAUGCUCACAUAUUCUGUUCUGUGGAACAGAUAGAAGAGGAGAUAAAGAGUUGUCUACAAUUCUUGCGUGCUGUUUAUGAUGUCUUUGGAUUUUCCUUUAAACUGAAUCUCUCUACUCGUCCUGAAAAGUAUCUGGGAGAUAUUGAGGUGUGGAAUCAAGCUGAGAAGCAACUGGAAAACAGUCUUAAUGACUUUGGUGAGAAGUGGGAGUUGAACCCUGGUGAUGGAGCUUUCUAUGGACCUAAGAUUGACAUUCAGAUUAAAGAUGCCAUUGGGCGCUACCACCAGUGUGCUACAAUCCAGCUAGACUUUCAGCUGUCAAUCAGAUUUAACCUCACCUUUGUCAGCCACGAUGGUAAUGACAAGACAAGACCAGUUAUCAUUCACCGGGCUAUCCUGGGCUCCGUGGAGAGAAUGAUUGCCAUUUUAACUGAAAACUAUGGAGGCAAAUGGUUUGAUGCCUGGCAGAGAGUCAUUUAUGUUGGUUAUUUCCUUUAUCUGCUGUGGUAUAGUGACCCUACUGAUGAUGACAAGACUGAAAAGUUUAAUGUCAGACAGCAAUUCCAUGAUGCUGGGUUAAUGGUGGAUAUUGAUGUAGAUCCUGGAUGCACACUGAACAAGAAGAUCAGAAAUGCUCAACUUGCACAGUAUAACUUUAUUCUGGUUGUUGGUGAAAAGGAAAAGGCAAGUGGAACAGUUAACAUCCGUACCAGAGAUAACAAGGUGCACGGUGAGCGUACAAUUGCUGAUACUGUGAAGAGACUGCUGGAACUGAAAUGUUCUCGUUCCAAACAAGCUGAAGAAGAAUUUUAACACCACCUGUUCCACCUGACGUAAAAUGAUUCUAGAUUUCCUAACUCAGUUAACCACAGAGUUAUUUGUACAAGAUUUGCAGAAAUGUUCUGUCAGACAUGUCUCUUUUUGUAAAAAUCAGUUUCUCACAAACCUUGAAGUAAAAUUUGCUGGCCUCUAAACAAUGACAGAUGAAGCAAGAUGAAAUGACCUUCUGUGACUGCAAGGGAAAAUGGAAAUAUUAAUUGGGGAUAUUUACCGUGUUCUAGCUACUUAAAAAUAAAAUAUGUUUUGAUAACAAA